AUGUGCCCAGGCCUAGUCCAAACUGAAUGGAAUAAGGAUAUUAAUGAUGAAAAGAUUAAUGAUGGAGAUCACGCUGAUAUUGAUAUCCCUGAAAAUGCGUCGCUAAUUGAGUGCCCUGAUCCUAUCGUAACAAUAGUGAGCCAAGUUUAUGGAGACUCUUUUCGUGAACAGUCCUCCUACUAUUCCUAUUGCCGCGACACGGUUAUUUUGUGUCAUACUCAAUCUGAUGUGGAUCAGAUUAAUGCCUAUAUGCUUUCACAAUUACCAGGUAAAGAGAUAUUAUCUCACUGCGAUGACUGCCUAGUUCCGGAGGAUGAGGAUACCCCAAGCCCAGUCGAUUACAUGUUAAUAAUUUCAAGUAUGUUUAGUAGCGUCACAGUCCCCGGAGUGCCUAACCAGAUUUUGAGACUCAAGGUUGGUGCUCCCAUCAUGUUACUUGCUGACGUUGAUCCUAGCCGUGGGUUAAGUACUGGGACUAGACUUCAAAUUCUUCAGUUGGGUGAUUCUAUGCUUGUGACCAGAUUUGCAACAUCACAACGUAGUCCUCGUCCCCAGGAAUUCCUGAUCGAAAAGAUGCACAUGUUCUCUGAGAAAGGUUUUUUUACCCCAAUGCGGCGUACCCAGUAUCCUUUCACACUUGCAUUCGCCAUGACUAUAGAUCAGAGUCGAGGCCAAACAUUUUCCAAAGUUGGUCUAUAUCUACCAAAACAAGUACUGUCCCCUCCUGGACAAAGGUUUCUUGCCAUAUCCAAAGUUAAGGCCGCAACUGGUUUGACCCAAGUUCUUAUCACAGAAGAAGGUGAGAAACCCCACGUAGAAGCCGAAAAUGUUUUCUUGAAGAAGUUGUUUUAGUCUACAGGUCUUGUUUCAGACUAUUUAUAACGUUCCCUAUUUAUUGGUUUGUUUUUUCUUUUUCUUCAAAACAGCAUAAUUAAGACUUUGGUUUUUUCUAUUACAGUUUUUAACACAUCA